CGUGCCGCCCAAACGCGCCGGGCGCGGGGCCCCGGGGAACGCGAGCAGUCGGGGCGGUGCCGCCACGCCUCCCGGCACCAGAGGCGGAGCCCACGCCGCGGAGUCCCGCCCCAGCCUGCGUCCGCCCGUAGUCCAGUCGCUGCUCUUUUCCAGGCGGGUAAGCCCUAACAGGGGGAAUCUAAGAAAGAGUACCGGCUGGCUGGCCUUCCCAGCGCUCGAAGCCCCGCCAUGCUCGUCCUCCGAAGCGGCCUGACUAGGGCUCUGGCUGCGCGGAAGCUUGCGCCUCAGGUGUGCUCAUCUUUUGCUACAGGCCCCAGACAAUACGAUGGAACACUCUAUGAAUUUCGUACCUAUUAUCUUAAGCCCUCAAAGAUGAAUGAGUUCCUGGAAAAUACUAAGAAAAACAUUCAUCUUCGGACAGCUCACUCUGAAUUGGUUGGAUACUGGAGUGUAGAAUUUGGAGGCAGAAUGAAUAAAGUGUUUCAUAUUUGGAAGUAUGAUAAUUUUGCUCAUCGAACUGAAGUUCGGAAAGCAUUGGCCAAAGAUAAGGAAUGGCAAGAACAGUACCUCAUUCCAAAUUUGGCUCUUAUUGAUAAACAGGAGAGUGAGAUUACUUAUCUGGUACCGUGGUGCAAACUAGAAAAGCCUCCAAAAGAAGGAAUCUAUGAACUAGCUACUUUUCAAAUGAAACCUGGUGGGCCAGCUCUGUGGGGUGAUCCAUUUAAAAGGGCAGUUCAUACUCAUAUCAAUCGAGGCUACACAAAACUCGUUGGAGUGUUCCAUGCAGAAUAUGGAGUGCUCAACAGAGUUCAUGUUCUUUGGUGGAAUGAGAGUGCAGACAGUCGUGCUGCUGGGAGACAUCAGUCUCAUGAGGAUCCCAGGGUUGUGGCAGCUGUUCGGGAAAGUGUUAACUUCCUUGAGUCUCAGAAGAAUAUGCUUCUGAUUCCUAUGUCAUUUUCACCAUUGAAAUAGUUUUCCAUUGAAAUACGAAGCAUUGCAUUAACUGCUAUAAGAUGUGUCUGCUAAUGGUACUUAAACUCUCCCAAGAGAUUCUCAUUUUUAUAUGAAGGAGGUGGUAAGUUAAUUUGCUAUGUCCUUUGCAUUUUUAAAAGCUGUCUCUGUCCACUGUCACCACCACAAGGAAAUAGUUCUGUUCAUUUUCCCUUUGGCAUUUCAGUAUUUGUCAUACAUUAAAAAUUGUUGUCAUUCCUACAAGAUCUUGAUUUUUCAUUUGUUUCAGAAUAUCUCUUGUACUGUUUUGACAACCCUCUGCUUUUAUAGCAUUUCCUUAUGUUGAAAUAAUUGUCACAUUUCCAUGCCUAUGAUAAUAUUUCUAAACUAUUUAUAUACAUUGUCAAACUUUUCAUGUCUAUUUUUCUGAAAUUUUAAAAGUUUUUGUCCAGUAAAGUUUAUUUUGUAAUACUAAAUGGGAUUCAUAAAAAUAUUAAACAUGUUUAUUAUGGAAAAGUACAGUAUCAUCUGUAUCAUCUCUAUUAAUUUUGGUUUUUACAUUAAUAAUUACUUAUGUGGAAAAUAAUGUUAUUAGAUCCUCAUAUUAAAAACUGUUGAAGACUGAUUGGUUUAUAUGCUGAAAUGUCUUCAUUUACAAUUUAUUUUACUAACUUUUACUUCACUUUGGAUUACUAUUUAACAAAGAUACUUGGUACAAUCUAUCUGUGAUAAUGAGACAUUUAUGGUUAUGGAAAUGUUUGCCCUAAUAAAAGCCUACAGAUACAUUCUGAUUCUUUUUAUUGUG